ACAUGGUAACAACAUACUGUGUGAGGUUUUGGUCCAGUUCAAAUUGGGGAAAACGAGUAACCAUUUUGCGUUGUUUCUUGGGCAGUAAGACAGAAUUUUUUUCUUUUUUGUACCCAAUCCAUGAGACCUCCCCUCAAUCAAAUUCACGUCUAGGGUUUUACUGUCGUCAAUCUCCGGUGAUCUUGUAGAGUAUUCAACCCUAAAUCAAUCAUUUGUCAUGGCGGAAGAAACAUCACCGUCAAACACUCCCGAUGGGUCGUCGUCGUCGUCAUUGGGUCAUUCAGUGAUACCUAUAGUGAACAAGCUCCAAGACAUAUUCGCACAGCUAGGAAGUCAAUCCACCAUUGAGCUGCCGCAGGUUGCUGUGGUAGGGAGUCAAAGUAGUGGUAAAUCAAGUGUGCUCGAGGCGCUUGUAGGUCGUGAUUUCUUGCCUAGAGGUUCUGAUAUAUGUACCAGGCGACCUCUUGUACUACAGCUCCUUCAAACAAAGCGUAAUCCUGAUGGUACUGAUGAGGAAUGGGGAGAGUUCUUGCACCUUCCUGGCAAACGUUUCUAUGAUUUCAAUGAAAUUCGUUGGGAGAUUCAGGCGGAGACAGAUAGGGAAGCAGGAGGAAAUAAAGGUGUCUCGGACAAGCAGAUACGAUUGAAAAUUUUCUCACCAAAUGUUCUUGAUAUUACUCUAGUGGAUUUGCCUGGCAUAACAAAGGUGCCUGUUGGAGAUCAACCUUCUGACAUUGAAGCUCGGAUCAGAACAAUGAUCAUGUCUUAUAUUAAGCUCCCAAGCUGCUUAAUAUUGGCUGUAACACCAGCUAAUUCUGACUUAGCCAACUCAGAUGCUCUUCAGAUUGCUGGGAAUGCUGACCCUGAUGGUUAUCGAACCAUUGGAGUCAUCACAAAGUUGGACAUCAUGGAUAGGGGUACUGACGCUCGUAACUUUUUACUUGGAAAAGUGAUUCCCCUUCGCCUUGGUUAUGUUGGUAUAGUGAAUCGUAAUCAGGAGGAUAUUAUGAUGAACCGGAGUAUUAAAGAUGCACUUGUAGCUGAGGAGAAGUUCUUCCGCAGCCGUCCUGUAUAUAGUGAUCUUGCUGAUCGCUGUGGUGUACCUCAAUUGGCAAAAAAGUUGAACCAGAUUUUGGUGCAACACAUCAAAAAACUUCUUCCAGGAUUGAAAUCACGCAUUAGUGCUGGACUUGUGUCCGUCGCAAAGGAGCAUGCUAGCUAUGGGGAGAUCACGGAGUCAAAGGCUGGUAUGGGUGCUCUCCUUCUGAACAUUCUUUCCAAGUACAGUGAAGCAUUCUCUUCAAUGAUAGAAGGCAAAAAUGAAGAACUGUCAACUUCUGAGCUGUCUGGUGGAUCAAGAAUUCAUUACAUUUUUCAGAACAUAUUUGUGAAGAGUUUGGAGGAAGUUGAUCCUUGUGAAGAUUUAACCAAUGAUGACAUCCGAACUGCCAUUCAAAAUGCAACGGGUGCCAAAUCUUCAUUAUUUGUGCCAGAAGUGCCAUUUGAAGUUCUCAUCCGAAGGCAAAUAGCACGUUUAAUGGACCCGAGUUUUCAGUGUGCAAGAUUUAUAUAUGAUGAGCUGGUUAAAAUGAGUCAUUGUUGUAUGGUCAAUGAGUUGCAACGGUUUCCAAUUUUGAGAAAGCGCAUGGAUGAGGUUAUUGGAAAUUUUUUGCGUGAAGGACUGGGACCUUCAGAAGUAAUGAUUGGGCACCUUAUUGAGAUGGAAAUGGAUUACAUAAAUACUUCACAUCCAAACUUUAUUGGUGGGACUAAAGCUCAUGAGAUGGCAUUACAGCAGGUCAAGUCCUCUAGGAUUGCUGCACCUAAUCCGAGGCAGAAAGAUGGUGUAGAUUUAGAAAAAGCACCAACCUCUGAAAGAAGUCUAAAAUCACGUGCUAUUCUUGCCAGAGCAGUUGGUGGUUUUGUCCCUGAUCAGAUUGUUCGGCCUGCUCCAGAAGCUGAGAAAACUACAGCAUCAGGAUCAAAUGUUGGUUCAAGUUGGGGAAUAUCAUCAAUAUUUGGUGGCUCGGACAAUCGUCCAUCUGUAAAAGACAAUUUCAUUAGCAAGCCAUUCAGUGAUCCUGUACAGAGCAUGGAUCAUGCUUUCUCAACGAUCCACUUGAGAGAGCCCCCAAGUGUCUUGAGGCCUUCAGAAACUCAUUCAGAUCAGGAGACUAUAGAAAUUGCCAUUACAAAACUGUUGUUGCGGUCAUACUACGACGUUGUCAGGAAGAAUAUUGAAGACUCAGUACCUAAAGCAAUCAUGCAUUUUCUGGUAAAUCACACCAAAAGAGAUCUUCACAAUGUGUUUAUCAAGAAACUCUACAGAGAAAACCUCCUCGAAGAAAUGUUGCAAGAACCUGAUGAGAUAGCCAUGAAGAGAAAGCGUACACGUGAGACACUUCGUGUUCUUCAGCAAGCUUACAAGACAUUGGAGGAGUUACCGCUUGAUGCUGAGACAGUUGAGAGGGGUUAUAGCUUGGGUACUGAUCCGACAGGCCUUCCAAAGAUUCAUGGGCUUCCAACAUCAUCAAUGUACACCACAAGCAGUGGCUCAACUGAUUCAUACACUGGUUCUCCUAAGAACUCUAGAUUGCGCAAUGCAUCCCAUUCAGGUGAGCUACAGUUACCAAUGUAUGGUGGUGCAGAUUCAAACGGUGGUGGGCAUAAUGUUGGUAUUUAUCCAACAGUAGGUGUAUAGGAGACUCAAAAGAUGCAGGGGGUGACCAUUCAUGAGUGAAUUUAUUUGAUCUCUCCACCAUCAUCGCCAACCCUGUCUCUGGGGGCAGUGGAGUGCUACUAUUCUUUGUCAUGGGGGAUGUUUGCUAAGCUGAUCGCUAUUCCCACACAGUCUGUUUCUUUCGUCAACUAUAAAUUCAUUGUUCGUAGAAGCUUAUACGAAAAAAAUAAUAGGGAGUUUUAGUCUUUGUAGGAUGAGGCUAGUUUUGUUGCCUUUUGGUAUGAUAAUUGGCAAUGUAUUAUCUAGCCGUCAAUUUUUGAAUUCGAUCCUUCAUUUGCUUUCUCAAUUUUGUCAAAUGCGAUUAUAGGAGGUAUCAUCACUUGUGUAUAGUAUGCCUUUUAUUUUGGGAAA